AUGUUGGAAAGUAUGAAGAAAUUAAAGGAUGAAAAGGAAGAAGUAACAAAAAGUCUUCGGAACUUUGCCGAAACAUGCACGUAAGUCCAAUUCUAUUCCAAGAAUGAUAUAGAUAAUAUAGUGAUUUACCCUGGCCGAAAGCCCACGAUAAAGAAAUGUCUCUAGGAGAGGGAAGGGGACUUAUCUAACAACAACAACAACAACGAGAACGGAACACUUGUCGGAAUUUUCAAUAGAAAUUCCCAACAGUUAAUUACGAGAGUCUCGUUUUUUCAGAUGAUUCUAAUCGAUUUUCACUCUUUCGAAUUACCAAUUCUGGAGCCACAAAUUCUGGCAGCGAUACAGAGAUAUGCUAAGUGGCCCCUAAACGAUGCUUUGACAACGCGUAAGGCUUUCAUUUUUGGCUAAGGCUUCCUACCAACCAUUCGCGGUCGUUAAAUUUUAUCCCGGUAAGCAAGAACCCAAUUCAUUAACUGUCCUCCAACAGAAACUUCAUUUGCAAACAAGGUGGGAUGCCUCUGUACAAAUUUAUAAACUGCGUAUCAGCAAUUCAAACGCUUAAACUUGAGCCCUUUAGGCAUACACGCGCUCUUUAAUUGUCGAAGAGUUUGUCCUCGUUUGAUUAUUCUAAUUCUUUUUUUUUUGUUUUCGUUAAAGGGUUACAAUUUAAUUGUGAAGCAGCCCGCAUAGAAGGCGCUUGGAAGUAGUGGAAGCAAGAAAGAUCGGGCGCACGAGAGGGAGACAAGCGAGGGGAGAGGGAGUGCUUGCCCGGAAGGCACACGUCGCGUGUCUACCCCUCGCGCGCCCGUUCUUUCUUGUGCCCACUACUUCCAAGCGCCUGCUGCGCUUUCUAAUUGCGAACACGAUAAUAGGCCAUUUCCGAGUUGCCCGGGGCCUCUGUUUCAAAACGAGGGUGGGUGCUCAGCCUUUGAUAUGGAAAUCAGUUUUCAUUCUCAAUCAAAUAUAACUCAUUUUCACAAGAAAGGUUGUGCACCUAGCCUCAUUUUGAAAGUGAGGGUUUUUGGAACUCGGAAGUGGCCUAUUGAUUUAGCCGCCAGUAGGCCUAAAAAUGUGUUUCAACUGCGUGAUCACAUAUAGAUAUCUAAUGGGAUUCAGGACUAUAAUAAAUUGUUUAGUUAUUGUUAUUAUAAUAAUAUAUAGAUUUAGCCAGGGCUAAAAGCGAAGCUCCCAUUAAUAAAUUUAUAAUAAUUUAUUUAAAUCAAACAAUAAACUUGUAAUCCACAAAUCAGUUAACUCAAGGGCACAUAUGUGAGUUUUCAGGGAAAGCUAAGGCUAAGUGAUUUUAGAGUGAAAAAAAAAAUGUUACAUCGAAUUGAUAGCCGUAUAUAUACAGCCCCAAAAUAGCAAUCAUCUUCGAUCACAUUUAAGAGCCAUAAUGGCUCUUGAUCACAGUAGAUUAGGCCUGGAAAACGAAUUCUUGGAAAACAAAUUAGGCCGAAUUUUUGCGUUCGACAAGUUUACUCAACAAAAUCUUGCCAACAACUCUGGGUGCGUGUAAACCGACAUUUCAUACUUUUCAUACAUCACAUCUGAGGUGAAACAGUAAUAUGAGGCGCUGUUUAUAUCAUACAGACCUCAGACAAAAUGCAGUAUUUCACAAUUUUUGAAGACAAAUUGCACCCAUUCAUUAUUCAGAACCGUACGAAGCACGCGUGGGCUUUUAGCAAAACUGUUCAAAAAAUUUCCAAAAUCACCUAUACGGCCAGCUGGUUCUUACUUUUGACAAGGCCAAAUUUUCAGUAAACAUUAAAAGAGUUACGCUUCAACAUAAUAAAGAAUUUACUGUUUUUUUUUUUUUAUUUUAUGGUUUUAUAACGAUGUGUAAUUUUAAAAAGCGUUUGAUACGCGCGGCAUUUUGAGUAACAUAACACUUUCUGUUGCCGUUCUCUUUGCCUUUGUAGUUCUCUUUCGCGUUGCCUUUGUCUAUUCAUUCUAGCUCUGUCUCUUUCUGCUUGCCGGCGUUUUUCACUAUAAUUUCCUCUCCUUCUUCUCGCCCUGCCUCUUUCUACUCUCCGACUUUCUUCGCUAAAAUUUUGUCUUCUUCUUCUACUUCUAAAGCACUCUCUUUGGCGAUCGUCUUCGCUUGCUCUACGCGUGUUGACUCUUGCUCUCUACCGUUGACUCUCUCUUUGCUCUCUGCCGUUCGUCUACACGCUAAAACCCUUUUUUUUUGACUCUGGUAAUUAAAAGUUAUAAACCUGUCGUCUUUUUACACUUUAAAAUGUCUUUUUCAAAACCAGUUCCGAUAUAAUUGCGCGACGUUGGACUACUUUCCGCCAAAAAAUCUCUACUUUCCCCUACCCAGGAAACUUUCCACUACGAACGGACGUACGCUGACGUCAUAACCAAAAUUUCUCGGAUGGAUAGUUUACCAAAUUAUCUUAGUUAUGGUGCUCCGCUCGCGCGCGCUUAGCGCGCGCAAGGAGCUCCUUUAAAAUGAUUUCACAGAAAUCACAAAAGAGCAACUCUAAAUUCGUUAAAGAUCAGUGAAAUGUCUCUCAAGGUUCUCUCAUACAUACAUGUUCUUUGUCAACGAGCUGAUUGUUUUUUGAAAAAAGGACUUUUCUCGGUAUAAGCAUCCUCAUGUUCUUUGCAUGUGCUCUAAGGCAUUGUAGAGUGAUGACAGGCUACUAUGUGACAUUGAAAUAUCUGGCAAAACCCAGAACUAUCGCCUGAAAAGGGUUUGCAACUCUAAAGUGACUCGAUUCUACUUAAUUUUGCCUUGCAAACAACGUAGAUAUCUACCUGGAGUUAUGAAAACCAGGUUAGCAAACAUUUUGUAAUUUUUCUCAACUGUCUAACAGCUUGUUUACUCUGUUGUUUGCUUAUGUCGUUUGUUUUUGCUUGUUUUGUGGUUAGGGAUUUGUGUAGAAGUGGAUGUGGACAGAAUUACUAUCUACCCGCGCCCCCCCCCAUUUUUUUUGUCCCUACCCACAAUUCUCUCUUUAAUACAAGUGACAGUUAUUUGAAAUCAGUGCGCGCCUAAAGCUGGUUUCGGUAUCGUUAAGCAGUUUACUUUUAGAUAACAUUGGCCACCUUGAGAAACGUUUCCCAGAGAGCAUCAUCUAAAGCUCUGAGAUGCAACAAAGUUAUUACGAUUCGCAGAGUCUGCAUCGUCCAUAUCGUAUUAUAUCCUGGUUUCAUUUGGCUAAACGGAACAACAACCCUGUUUCGGGCUGAGACAGAAAGGUACGAUAUUGUUGGCUUUUCUAAGGCGACCACUAAGUCUUUGGCCUCGAGAACAGGCUCUUAGGAGUCAAAUGAAUUAGGUGCUAGCAAAAUUGCAGGCGAACUUUUACCCGGGCUAAGCCUUAGUUUUUUUUCCUGGUGUAAAAACAAGACUAAGUCCCCGCCGACCGUGUGACUCUACAUCCGGGAACUUUAAUAAGACAAUCGUAAGAGAAAAGUCCAGAGGUGUUUAUUUGCCAAUUCUUGGUUUGCACGUGACGUAACCAAAAAUCAAACUAAGAAACUAUCGAUUCUUCUGAGUUUCUACUUUCACGAGGUAUUACAGUACCUAAACACCUUUCCAUAAACAAAUUUUUGGUUUGAAAGGGUUCUUCGUUUUGCGAGAGAGGACGCUUGAAUUUCCACGGUUUUGCGUGACCCGGCAUUUGGCUGGCGGCCGGGAAAGCUCUUAUGUGGGUUAAAAACAUUACCGAGUUGGGGAGAUUUUGCUAUCUAAACAUUCCUUGUCUCAGAAUAAAUAUUACUUUAAUCUUUAUAAGUUCCUCAAGCGAAGAAUUCACGCACUAGUAGGAAAAGUCGAAAACGGAUGUUUCUGUUGGUAUCCGCGGCGGCCAUAUUGGUGUCUCUGAAGGGGACACCAACAUGGCGUUUCCGUACAAAGCUUUAUAAAUUUAGGUAAACCGUUUUUCCGAAUAUCUCGCAUUUGAAAUAUUACACAGACCUGAUUCUUGGCAAGGCCCUUUGCAUAUUUACCUUCUUUCAUUUCACAGACUCUAGACCUUCUGUAUUGAAUGGUUUGCAGUUUUAUUUUUCAUAGCGUGACAGUGCAAACCGAAAAUAGAGUGAGUUUUUCUGAGUUAUUCGAUGAUAUUUCGCUUAUGUUGAACGUGACAAGAUUACGCGUGUUUGUGGGUAGUCUUAUCAGUGCCACGAAGGUGUGUGAUUGUGUGAUUUCCGCAUGGUGUUGACAGGCAUGUGAUCGCGUUGUUGAACUGCGGUUUGGCCAAAAUAUUCUGUGCCAGCCAUUAAUACUGUUUCGUCGGUGUUCAGCUUAGCUGAUUGUACCUUGUAAAAGCAAAUCUCCACUUAGGAAAAUUGGAUCUAGGUCUAGUUUCAGCGGGCUCUAAUGGCAUUGAACCAUAGGCCGAUUUUGGCAGAUAAGAAGGAGAUAAUUUGUGCACUAUGUUUCAUUCAGCUUGUUGUCUAUUCCAUGCGAAAUCCUAUUGUUUAUCGGACCGAGAAAAAAGUUGUGGUUUUUGAUGUAAGCUGCGUAGCACGCUUGUGUUUGGGAUAAAGCAAAUUGUAUGUAUGUAUGUAAAUCUUUAUUUAAAUACGGGAAAUCAUCAGUUAAGCUCAAGUUAAAAACUAAAACUAAUAAAUUACAACUGCUUUACAUACCUUCUUGAUAUGAUAAGCUUUUGGGCAAGUUGUUCCAUAACAUGGCCCGCUGUAGGAAAAGCUUCGUUUCAAAUAAUUGGCGCUUGGUUUGGACAGGGUCAGCUUUCCCUCAGUUUCUUAAGUUGUAAGCAGAGUGACGCUGAGAGAAAAGACUUUGUAGAUAUUCCGGAGCCAGGUAAUUCAUGGUUUUAUACAUCAUCAGGCUUUUUGUUUCUUUCGUCGGUAACUUAGCUAUAUCAUUGAUCCAACCGGUCACCUAACUACUCCCUUGAUCCUAUGGCCGACCGAAGGUGUUUCUGCCCUUGUACUUUUACAUUAAUGGACGGGUCCUUGAAACCUUUCCUGACACUUUCUUCCUUCGCUGGUUUUGCGAUGAUCUAGCAUUACCUGUCGUUCGGAAAAUCACCUAAAGCUGAACCAAGGGUGCUGAGACAACCACACCACGUCCUAAUUUCCGUAAUGGAGCCAGCUCCACUAGCAUCAUCUGCAAACUAACAAGCUUCACACAGGACGCUGCUUGUAGACUCGUGAUUCAAGACUAGUUGCUUAAGGCAUAUAGACACAUAGCAAGCGGAUCGCCCUGUAUAGGUCCUUCUGCUGACACGAUCUCUUUCCCAUCAGUGACAAAUAGCUGAGCUGGCUGUCUGUGGGUAUUAAUAGCAUUUAUAUUAUAGAGCGCAGAAUCUGGAUGUUAUGCAGUGCGGCUGCUCUGUUGAGUGCGUUGAAUCCCUUAGAGGCGUCGACGAGCAGAACCGCAUCAGUGUCAUCUGAUUCAAAUAUAUAUGCAUGCAUAGCGUGUAUUGCAGCCUCGCUUCCGGACUUUUGUCCAGCUCACAGCUGGAGUGAGCCGCUGGCCUCGACAACAUCCUUCGCAGCAACACUCAUUACACACUUUCCACAAAUUCUCCUUUAAACUUCCCCGACUCCUAUUGAUCUAACAGCACCUUCGCCUUUAUCCAGUGAAAUCAGACGGUUAGCUACCAGGGGCUCUAUGGUCAUAGGAUCAAUGCUUUGUGAACACAGAGUCUAUGUUAUUGUGGCUAUUGCCUUACACAGCCUUGUCGAUGACUGUUCAAAGGACUUGCAAGCGAGGAUUCUUCGGAAACCAUUCGCGUCAACCCCAGACGGACCUCCUGCUCCUUUUGUUCUCAAAGCUGUUUGCCUGACCAUCUCACCGUUUAUCUCCGUAUACACAGAUUCCGGAUACUGCCCAUCAAUUGGCCCGAAGAGCAGUGAACCUAAUUUGGCUGAU